AGGGAUGGCGGGAGCGGUCUGAGGGGAGGUAGGCCACGCCCACCGCACACGUCACGCCCGCCGCUUACUGGAGGCCGCGGCUGUAACGUCUGAGGCGCCGGAUUUGAAAGAGAAAAGAGCGGCGGCAACUUCCUGACGAAUUUUAACCCUUUUGCCUCGAUUGCGAGUUAUUAAAACAUGGCUGCCCAUGAAUCUGACGUUUGCAGCCAUGUAAGAGUUGUAGUCAGAGUCCGUCCUCCAAACGAAAAGGAGAAAGCGGCCAAUUUUACCAACGUUGUGCAAGUGGUUGAUAAGCACAUGCUGGUUUUUGACCCAAAAGUCGAAGAAGUGAAUUUUUUUCAUGGCAGGAGCACCACCAAUCGGGACAUGACCAAAAGGAAAAAUAAAGAUCUGAAGUUUGUGUUUGAUUGCGUCUUUGAUGAUAAUUCAACUCAGCAGGAGGUUUUCGAACAGACCACGCGGGUUGUGAUCGAUGGGGUGUUGAAUGGAUAUAACUGCACAGUUUUGGCUUAUGGAGCCACAGGGGCAGGCAAGACGCACACCAUGCUGGGCUCCUCAGGACAACCUGGGGUGAUGUAUCUCACCAUGAUGGACCUGUACAACCGAAUAGAGAGCUUGAAAGAGGAAAAGGUUUGCAACGUUGCUGUUUCUUACCUAGAGGUGUACAAUGAGCAAAUCCGUGACCUACUUGCAAAUUCUGGUUCUCUUGCCGUACGAGAAGAUGCUCAGAAAGGAGUAGUAGUGCAAGGAUUAACACUACAUCAGCCAAAAUCUGCUGAGAAUAUUCUCCAAAUCCUUGACUAUGGGAAUAAGAAUAGAACUCAGCAUCCCACUGAAAUGAAUGCAACUUCCUCCCGAUCACAUGCUGUAUUUCAGAUAUACUUACGACAGCAGGAUAAAAGUGCCAGUAUUAAUCAAAAUGUCCGCAUUGCCAAAAUGAGCCUUAUUGAUCUGGCUGGCUCUGAACGGGCAAGUGCCACCAAUACUAAAGGUGAACGAUUACGAGAAGGCACAAACAUUAACCGCUCCUUGUUGGCUCUUGGAAAUGUAAUUAAUGCUCUAGCAGAUCCAAAGACAAAGAAGCAACAUAUACCUUACCGAAACAGUAAGCUUACACGGCUCCUAAAAGAUUCGCUGGGAGGAAACUGUCAUACUAUCAUGAUCGCUGCUGUUAGCCCCUCUUCACUGUCAUACGAUGAUACCUACAAUACUCUGAAGUAUGCAAACCGAGCCAAGGAUAUCAAAUCUGCUGUGAAGAGUAAUGUGGUUAGCCUGGACAGUCACAUUAGCCAAUAUGCUAAGAUCUGCGAGCAGCAGAAGAAAGAGAUUGCCAUGCUGAAGGAGAAAUUGAUGACCUAUGAAGAGCAAAGGAUUCCAGAGCAAAGCAAGCAGAAUCAUGGGUCUACAAACCAGCAACAGGCAGAAAUCAAGAGGUGCCAAGAACUUCUCCAGUCCAUUUUUACAAACCGAGAAGAAAUCAGGACCGAGUUCUGCAACCUGGAGAUGCGUCUGAAGCAAACAGAACUAAAGGCCAUUUACCAGAGGCAGUACCACGAGCAGAUUCAGAUGAUGUGCUCCCAUGAGCAGACGAUAAAGGCAACUCUGAAAAGGGAUCACAGACUGGAGGCUUUGACGGCCAAACAGGCCAUUAUACAGAAGAGAAAACAAGAGGAGAUGAAACGUUUUGAGGAGAACACAAAUUGGCUCCAUCGUCUGGAAAAUGAAAUGAAAUUGCUGGGUCCGGACAAGCAGAUUCCAGUGGAGCUUUCUAAAGAUUUACAAUGCUGCCACUUAAAACUAGAAGUAAAAGAUUUGAAAUCUCAGAUUGAACACAUGAAUCUCCUCUUGUCUCUUCAAGAACGUGAAUAUAGAUACAGUGAAAAGUUGCUUAAUACUUUUCUACCUGCCUUCCGGAGGCAAUAUGAGAUGUUGCAGCAGGCUGGAUUAGCGAAUGCCGUCAUAGAGUCUGAUUUCCAGGAACUCAAGCACCUGGUCCAUAGAGAGAAGGCCGUCGUAUGGGCCGACCAGACAAUUGUCGAAGUUCCGAACAAAGCUGAUGUACCAGAUAUUACAUCUAUUCUCUCCUUUCCUCAUCUGGCUUACACCCAGACAACGCCAUGCCGAGAGAAACCGGCUAAUAAAAAACAGCCCAUAUGCAGCGAAGCACCAAACGAAAUCGUGCCAGCUGCCAAGCCGUGCACUGGACAAGACAACGCCUCUUUGAUAGUCUUAAAGGAAAAUCUUCCUCCAAAGCCAAUAGAAGUUGUACUCCCUCGUAAGAGGACCAGAAGGAAACUAAUGGAUUCUCCAGAAGCUUCUGAGAAUGCUGGAGCCUCUAAGGCUGAAGAUUCGAUCAGCGAGGAGCUCAACCCCAUUGUUUACACCCCAGAAGUUUUUAAUAAAACCAUCACCAUUACCAAAGAGGUCGGACAAAAUCUGGAAAGUACCAGCAGCUUUAUGGCCCAUGACAAGGACGUCCAGAAGUUGGGUUUCACGUUUAACUUAAAGGCUGAAGGAGCUAUUAUGGACUCCACUGUUAUCCUCUCUGAGGCUAGCAGAAGUGUGAAACCAGAGGCUCAGCCGUCAACCAACGUGCUGCACAGAUUUGGGCUUCCAUCUUUAUUGGGCAAGAAUCUAGGAAAACUAAGUGAGAAGCCGUCCUACAUGGCAAUGACUUCAGCUGCAGAAAGAAAGAGAAAGUUAUUAAGUCUUGCAGCCGGCAGUGCUGUAAAAGAGGAGAAUGUACCACUUCCUGUACCGAAACGUGUCAAGCAGGAGAUCCCCAUCGCCUGCAAAGCAAUGAGAGUGAAAAGGGCAGCAGGUUUAGAAAAGAACAAGGACAACAGCGCACAAAGACGUCUGCCGAGGAGUAUUUCGGAAGGAAGCCUAGCUGGCGCUAAGAGGAAACCUUUCUCAUUCCUUGGAUCAUCUCAGCAGCUUUUACAAGCCGCGAAGAGAAAAUAGCCUCCCGCAUCUGGAACGUAUUGUCUAGUUCAAUGACUAGAAAGCCUUGUCAUGUCUUAGAAAAAAAAUACAUUUUAUGUGUGCAGAAACACAGGGUGACUUACUUGUACAGGACAAAACCUUAUAGUGUCUUAAUGUGUUGCUCUUUUUUAAUAUUUUAAUAUAAUCCGUCCUUACACUAUGCAAAGUCCGUACAUGAGGAAGGCGCCAUCGGAGUUUGGUUGUAAGAGGUCUGCGUGACUUUACUAGUUCUAAGAGUUUCUUGCAUUCCUGUGGAUGCCAUCUGUUUCCAUUAAUAUGCAUGGCCUGCGUGGAAUUCUAGUUUGGCUUUAGGAAUAAAAAUGGAGCCUUAAAGGAGUAAUCCGGCAGAACUGAUGCUAUGUUAUACAUAGUGUAGGACCUGAAGGUUCACAGUAUGCAUGCUGCACCCCAUUAAUGGAGGGUUAUCCAGCCUUCUUAGAAUAGGCCAUCAGUAUUAAAUAGGUGGGAAUCCAACUCUUAGCACCUUUACCAAUCAGCCGUUUGAAGGGGCUGCAGCGCUAUCCUAUACUAUCCUAAUUUUAAAAGGCUGGAUAACCAUUUUUAUCUCAAUACUAUGCAUCUUACAGUAGAUCAGUUUUACAUGGAGUGUUCCUUUAAAGCAAGGAAAAUCAAACUGAAGGACUGCUGAUCGAGGAAGGUACAGUUAAAGGGAGCCUUUCAGUAGAAAAGUGUUAAACCAUGUACAACGUCUGGUAGGGUGCCGCCUCAUAAUCCAGCAUUACCUGAUAUUCUGUAAUCCAGUGCUGCGUUGAUGAGAAGAUCAGUUUUUAAUCGGUAUGCUUAUGAGCCGUCAAGUGCAUUGGGGGCGGGCCGGAGGACCUCAGUGCACCCUCACGCCAUUCCUUUUCUUUGCUAGCCCCUCCCUCUCAUGGAUGAGUCACAGGGCCAGUCUUCCGACACUUCAAUCUUAGGCCCGCGCCGUUUGUCACAACCCGCGUGCACAGUACAGUUCUUUUCAGCCAGGGCAGCGUGUUUUGCUGCACAUAAUCCCAGUAUGAAAUGAAUGGAUCAGCAGUGAGAUGACAAUUUAGAAGCCUGGCUCUGACAAUCAUCAUUGAGAGGGAGGGGCAGGGAAAGAAACGGAGCUAAGGUAUGCCAUGGGGCUGGGGCCCAGACCUUGGCGCCCUUAACAACUAAUUUGCAUAUGGAUUAAAAGCUGAUUUUUCUCAUCAAUGGAGCGAGGAAUCAAAUAUUAAUAGGUACUAAUGACCUACAGUGAGAAAGACCUACCAGGCAUUGUGUCUGGUGUCACGCUCUAUUUCCUGCUGACUCCCUUUAACUUCACAUGAACUUUGUGUAUAUUAUUUUGUGGACAGACAUGAUUGCAGUAUUCUAAUAUCUGAUCUUCUAAAGGUCUGUGCAGUAAGUACUUAUAUCCUUUCAGAUCUCCCUCUUAGACCAACCUCGAUUUUUAUUAAAAUUUGGAAGUAUUCACAACCAUAGAUGAUUGAAUUGGCUGGACAAUGGCAGACUCUCAAGUGGUCGAGUCAACAAAUUAGAGAUUUGCUUUCAGUAAACUUUAAAGGGGCAUCCCUGCCAAAGAUAUUUGACGCAUCCAUAGCCACAGUUGCCUUUUUUACCCAAUUCUUAUAGGCGUUGAGGCAGCUGUGAUCUAUGGUGCACUGUUAAUGAAGGGUAACAAGGUGGUCACCAGUUCUAAAAAUUCGGAAAAUCCUUUUUGCUUUUAGUUUCUAGAACAGGGAUCGGCAACCUCCAGCUGUUCUGAAACUACAAUUCCCAGAAUCCUCCUUUCACUUCUAUGGGAGUAAAAAAAAAAAGCAACUGCCAAGCAAUUGUGCAUGCUGGGAGGUGUAGUUUCACAGCAGCUGGAGUGAUGAAGGUUGCUUACUACUGUUCUAGAAGCAGCACCACUCCUGUCCAUAGUCUCACUCAAGUGAAUGGAGCUGAGCUGCAAUACCAGAUGCAACCUAUGGGCCAGAGUGGCAGUGUUUCCCUACCAAUUCCACCUUCCAUCUCCUCUCACAGCUAGUAAACGCCCAUCCCUCUCAUCUAACGCCUAUCAUAGAUCGUUCCACGGGCGCAACCUGCUCCUAAGGAGCACAGCGUACAGAGGGAAGAUGUUCGUAAGAAAAUACUGACAGUUUUCAGAUUUGCCUCGUCUUGUUUUCCAUGACAUUUUACUUUAGCAAAGUGCAUUUUAUUUCCCUUUCACUGAAAAUGCAUUGUUGGACACAGACUACUCAUGCAAGCGCUUUUAUUGGCAGGCAGGAUUUCCCCACACAUUGUGGUAAUGUAAAAAGCAUUAGCGUUAUAGCUGGAGAUCCCAGCACCAAUUUAAAAAAAAUUCUACAACUUUAAGAGGUUCCUGUAAGUCAUGGUUUUUACUAAUGGUUUCUGUGAAUGAUCAUUAUGAGCGCUAUUUUAUUUUUAAGCUGUAAAUAUUGGUUUCCUGUGUUAUUAAUAUUUUUUUCCGUGUGUACUAUAAGUGUACAGAGCUGUGUCUUGUAAAUAGCCUGUCUGUUAAUAGUCUCAAAUGUGUUUUAAAUACAUUAUUUUUAUAGUUGUGAUUAAAGUAUUUUUUUUCCCUUUAUUUC